AUGGCGACUCGCGAGCUUCGUAAGCUUUGUGUUUUUUGCGGCGCAAGCACGGGCACUGACCCCGUAUAUAUGGCGUCUGCUAAACAGCUCGGGGAAUGCUUCGUGAGAGAGAACAUUGGCCUUGUCUAUGGCGGCGGCACUGUGGGGCUUAUGGGCGAAGUAGCUCGCACCGUCCAGGGGGGCCUGGGGGAUGAGGGAGUUCUUGGAGUCCUGCCCGAGGCCCUGGCGCCCAGGGAGGUAUCAGGCACACUGAUCGGCAGGACCCACAUCGUUGCGGACAUGCACACCCGGAAGGCGAUGAUGGCGCAGCAUGCGGAUGGCUUCAUUGCAAUGCCAGGGGGUUUUGGCACUCUGGAGGAGCUGAUGGAGGUGCUGACGUGGCAGCAGUUGGGCUUCCACACCAAACCAGUGGCGCUGUUUAAUGUCAACGGCUUCUUCGACCCGCUGCUGGCCUUCUUUGGACAUGCGGUCACAGAGGGCUUUGUCCGGCCCCACCACAGCAACGUCAUCGUGUCCGCAGACCCCGGGGAGCUCAUCGAUAAGAUGAGGGCAUUCCAACGUGAGGGGGGAGGUCCAGGACUUUGUACGUGUGUAUGUAGGUGUGGUUUGUGUGUUGUGUCAGUGGAGUCGUGCAGUGGGCAACACACACGCGGUACAGCUCGGUAA